AUGAUCCGGCGCAUGACACAGCGCAUCAUGCACAAGUUUGACGAGUUGCCGGAUGGGAUAAUGAGAACUGACCGUGAUCCCCCCAGACCCCCACCUCCAGUCGACCCUCCAUCUACAGUCGACUCCCCAUCUCCAGUCGACGACAUGGGUCAGCAGAACCCCCCGUCGGGAGGAUCGCGGAAGAUCUCCUUUAACGUCUCCGAUCAAUAUGAGAUCCAGGAUGUGAUUGGUGAAGGUGCCUACGGUGUGGUUUGCUCUGCCAUCCACAAACCGUCCGGCCAGAAGGUCGCUAUCAAAAAGAUUACCCCUUUCGAUCACUCCAUGUUCUGUCUCCGAACGCUGCGCGAGAUGAAACUGCUGCGCUAUUUCAACCACGAGAACAUCAUCUCAAUCCUGGAUAUCCAACGACCCCGCAACUAUGAGGGCUUUAACGAAGUCUACUUGAUUCAGGAGCUGAUGGAGACUGACAUGCACCGAGUUAUUCGUACACAAGACCUGUCGGACGACCACUGCCAAUACUUUAUUUACCAGACGCUGCGCGCGCUCAAAGCCAUGCACUCGGCAAAUGUUCUCCACCGUGACUUGAAGCCAUCCAACCUUCUGCUCAACGCCAAUUGCGAUCUGAAAGUCUGCGACUUCGGCUUGGCGCGAUCGGCCGCAUCUACCGACGACAAUUCCGGAUUCAUGACGGAAUACGUUGCCACUCGCUGGUACCGUGCCCCCGAGAUCAUGUUGACAUUCAAGGAGUACACCAAGGCAAUUGAUGUAUGGAGUGUUGGCUGUAUUCUAGCCGAGAUGCUGAGCGGCAAGCCCUUGUUCCCAGGAAAGGACUACCACCACCAACUGACCCUGAUCCUGGACGUACUUGGCACUCCCACCAUGGAAGAUUACUACGGUAUCAAGUCCCGACGAGCACGCGAAUACAUUCGUUCUCUUCCCUUUAAGAAGAAGAUUCCUUUCCGGGCCCUCUUCCCGAAGAGCAACGAGCUGGCCUUGGAUCUGCUCGAAAAGCUGCUGGCUUUCAACCCGGCCAAGCGUAUCUCUGUCGAGGACGCCUUGCGCCACCCAUACCUGGAGCCUUACCACGACCCGGAUGAUGAGCCGACGGCGCCGCCUAUUCCGGAGGGUUUCUUUGAUUUCGAUAAGAACAAGGAUGCUCUGAGCAAGGAGCAAUUGAAAGUUCUGAUCUACGAGGAAAUCAUGCGAUGA